ACAACCGAGGGCAGUCGUGCGCCGGCCGCUGUCACGGUAGGAUGUAUUUGUUUAUGUUGACGCGACAAUGAUCCUCGAGUAUCCUUAGAGGUUAUGUUUACGCGUGCGUCGCGAUAAGACGAGGACCAUUUGGAUUGCGUCUUAUAAAUUACUUCUCUUUCAUCUUUUAAAAGCAACUUCAUCUUCAUUUCUUCAACUUUACGAAGAGGAUCAAGGAAAUUCAACUGGCAAGGUUCUUCGCUAAAUCAAUUUAAGGAUCGAAGAAAGAUAGAGAAAUCAUUCUAAGUAAAUGCAAGAAUCGGAGAAAUUCCGUUGCCGUUGGGCAUAGACGCGUGUGAUAAGGGCCACCGAGGGGCCGCGACGCUGGGUUUUCGAGAUGAGCUAUGAAUCUGGGCUAUCUGCUAGCCUCCGCUUUCAUCCUUCAGCUGCUUCGGCUGCCGUUUCUCGUCGAAACCUUACCCUCUGUCGUGAAAAUCGGAGCUAUUUUCACUCAUGACCAAAAGGAUAGCAGUACGGAGUUGGCUUUCAAGUACGCCGUGUACAAGAUCAACAAGGACAAAAUUAUUUUACCAAAAACAACGUUGGAGUACGAUAUUCAAUACGUGCCCAAAGAUGAUUCUUUCCACGCGUCGAAAAAGGCGUGCCAUCAGGUCAAGCACGGCGUUCAGGCAGUGUUCGGACCUUCGGACCCGAUACUUGGUCAACAUAUACACAGUAUCUGCGACGCACUCGACAUUCCGCAUCUCGAGGCCAGGCUGGACCUGGACGCAGAAGCGAAAGAAUUCAGUAUCAAUUUACAUCCCGCACAAAGUUUGCUCAACGGCGCUUAUCAGGACGUUAUGGAAUUUCUCAAUUGGACCAAGGUGGGAAUCAUUUACGAGGAGGAUUACGGAUUGGUGAAAUUACGGGAACUCGUGAGAUCACCAAAAUCUUGCGAGAUGGAGGUUCAUCUCAGACAGGCCGAUCCCGACUCAUACAGGCAAGUCUUGUCCGAGAUGAAAAGCAAGGAAAUUCGAAAUCUCAUCGUAGAUACGAGACCGGAUCACAUGCAUCACUUUUUACGAACGAUAUUGCAGCUGCAGAUGAACGACUACAAAUAUCACUACCUCUUCACGACUUUCGAUAUCGAGACUUUCGAUCUCGAGGAUUUCAAGUACAAUUUCGUCAAUAUCACUGCCUUCCGUUUGGUCGACGCCGAUGACGUGGGGGUGCGAGGCAUCCUCAGGGAUAUGGAACGGUAUCAGCCAGCCGGAAAUACGAUUCUGAAUAAGUCAAAAGUUAUUCAGGCAGAGCCAGCUUUAAUGUACGACAGUGUGCAGGUCUUCGCAGUGGGUUUAAGGACUCUCGAGCAAUCGCACGCCUUGAGGCCUGCCAAUAUAUCCUGUGAGCUUGAGCAUCCCUGGGAUGGUGGAUUGUCCCUUAUUAAUUACAUCAAUUCCGUGGAGAUGAAAGGAAUUUCAGGUCCUAUAGAAUUUAAAGAAGGACGGAGAAUUCAAUUUAAAUUGGACUUACUAAAGUUAAAGCAGCAUUCGUUGGUUAAGGUAGGAGAAUGGCGUCCCGGUGUUGGCGUUAACGUCACAGAUACUGCGGCAUUUUAUGAGGCUAGUUCGGCCAAUGUAACACUGAUAGUGAUCACCAUAUUGGAAACACCAUAUGUGAUGAUGCACUACGAAAAAAACUACACCGGGAAUUCGCGGUUUUAUGGUUUUUGCGUGGACCUGCUCGAGGCGGUGGCAAGGGAAGUCGGCUUCUCAUAUCGACUGGAUUUGGUACCUGACAGGAAGUACGGUGCAAGAGAUCCCGAAACAGGCGAAUGGAACGGCAUCGUCAGAGAACUCAUGCGACAUGAGCAGCCGUACGUAAUGCUGAGGAACAGAGGGAAUUUCAGUGGAAACGAGCGUUACGAGGGCUUCUGCAUCGACCUGCUGAAGGAGAUAGCACACAUGGUAGGCUUCACCUACAGGAUCGAGCUCGUGCCGGAUGGCAAAUACGGCGUUUACGAUUACGAGACCGGCGAAUGGAACGGAAUAGUACGCCAGCUGAUGGACAAGAAAGCCGAUCUGGCAGUGGGUUCGAUGACGAUUAAUUACGCUCGAGAGAGUGUCAUAGACUUUACGAAACCCUUCAUGAAUCUCGGAAUCUCCAUUCUUUUUAAGGCUCGACAGGUGCCAACCAGCCAUCCUGCGCGAUUAUUCUCAUUUAUGAAUCCAUUGGCGAUCGAGAUUUGGCUAUACGUCCUGGCAGCUUACGUCUUAGUAUCGGUGACGAUGUUCGUCGUUGCAAGAUUCAGUCCGUACGAGUGGAAUCAUCCUUAUCCUUGUCACGUCGGUCCAGAAGUCAUCGAAAAUCAAUUUUCUCUAUCGAACAGUUUUUGGUUCACCAUUGGAACACUUAUGCAACAAGGGAGCGAUUUAAAUCCAAAGGCCACCAGCACACGAAUAGUAGGCGGGAUUUGGUGGUUCUUCACAUUGAUAAUAAUAUCUUCUUACACCGCAAAUUUGGCGGCAUUUUUAACUGUCGAAAGGAUGAUAACACCGAUUGAAAAUGCUGAAGAUCUAGCUAGUCAGACUGACAUUUCUUAUGGUACUCUCGAUAGUGGAAGCACGAUGACCUUUUUUAGGGAUUCGAUGAUCGAGACAUAUAAAAAGAUGUGGCGUUUCAUGGAGAAUCGAAAACCCUCUGUAUUCGUGCCGACAUACGAGGAAGGAAUUCAACGAGUACUUCAAGGAGAUUAUGCCUUCUUGAUGGAGUCAACGAUGCUGGAUUACAUCGUACAAAGGGACUGCAAUCUCACGCAAAUCGGUGGUCUUCUAGACAGCAAGGGCUACGGAAUAGCUACACCGAUGGGAUCUCCUUGGCGGGACAAAAUAUCUCUGGCGAUUUUGGAACUUCAAGAAAAGGGUGAAAUUCAAAUGUUGUAUGAUAAAUGGUGGAAAAGUCCAGGCGACACCUGCAUGAGAACCGAAAAAGGAAAAGAGAGUAAAGCCAACGCUUUGGGGGUUGACAAUAUAGGUGGUGUUUUUGUCGUUUUACUCUGUGGAUUGGCCUUUGCCGUACUGAUAGCCAUCUUCGAAUUCUGUUACAACUCAAGAAGAAACGCACCAGCCGAACGAAGAGGACCGAUAGCUAUGCCUACCUGCUCGGGGUCUCUACAGGGUAUCUCUCAAACAGUACAACAACAACAGCAGCAGCAGCAGCAACAACAACAACAACAACAACAGAAUCAACAACAAGAAUCAUUAUGCUCGGAAAUGGCCCGAGAACUUUGUCGUGCUUUGCGUUGUCACGCCUCCUCUCGACGGCGCCGUGCCUGCGAAAAAUGCUCAACCCAUGUAAUUGGCUAUCCACCGGAUAAUCCCACUGCCACCCCCAUCAACGGAAUGAGAUCCCAAAGAAGCAGUCUGGGUGUACCUACGGUCGAACUGCCAGCACACAUUCAUGCGCAUCAUCAUGCAUCGCCGCACGACUAUGAUGGAAAUUAAGGGCAAACGCUGCUCUCCAAGCGACGAUCGACAAAGUAUAAUCCAGGAACGUUACGAGAACGAAAAAUAUCGACGAUCGACGAUUCUAUUACAAACGUUCUCGUUUUGUCGUCCACGUUCUCCAUCGUGUUCGAGUUAUCGAUUUACGACCUAUCUUUUUGAAAAUCCCCACACCGCUGCACAAUUCUUCUCGAUAAUCUUUGCAUUCGGUAAUCUCGAUCGAUUUACGUAGAUCUCCUAUUUUGUAAAAAAAAA